ACAGCCAAGGUACUUAACUUGUAGUACUUAACCAACCAGUACUAGUGCUUCAUCCUGAGCUUGAGGACCAUUCCAAGCAACAAUCACAGAUGGGUUCCACCAAACCACUAUGGACCCGAGAGCAGGUCGCAGCUCAGAUUGUGGCUGGCAAAACGCUGGUCAUUUACAACAAGCUACUUCUCUCCAUCCCCCAAGCAUGGCUGGACGCUCACCCCGGUGGUUCUCUCGCAAUUCUUCACUUUGUAGGACGCGAUGCAACGGAUGAAAUAGACGCGUACCACUCGGAUAUCGCGUUACAGCGGCUACUCAAGUACUAUGUAGUGGGAACGGUGGAGACGACAGAGCACGGCUGGGAACCAUUCGUUCCACCCACAAUGAUCGGUUGGACCAGGAAAGCUGGUAGAGAUGGUAAACUAGAAUGGUUCCGCGAAGCAAACACCGCGCACAGCACCGUCCCUUCUGAGGUUCUUCUCGUCGGCACAGGCGACAGCACGCUGGCACAAACUCGCGGACCAACUAUGUCUGAUCUAAUUCUUCCUCCAACUGAGUUAUCUCUCAAAGUACAAUCACAGCACUCUGCAGCUUAUAAACGACUUCACAAACGUAUCAUCGAUGCUGGUCUAUAUCAAACUCGCUAUGCCACGGGCUAUGGCCCUGAAAUUGCUCGCUAUACCCUCUUGGCCAUUGUAUCGGCUGUCGCUUAUACCCAUAACUGGCUCAUAACAAGCGCCGUCUGUCUUGGUUUACUAUGGCAUCAGCUUGUCUUUACUGUACAUGAUUUGGGACACAUGGGCGUCACGCAUAACUGGACGGUAGAUCGUCUGAUCGCUAUCAUACUUGCAGAUUUUAUUGGUGGCUUGAGUGUCGGUUGGUGGGUUGAUAAUCACAAUGUACAUCACUUGGUAACAAACCAUCCUUCACACGAUCCUGACAUCGAACAUUUACCCUUCCUGGCUAUAUCGACUGCAUUUUUCAAUUCGUUAUGGUCAUCUUAUCACAAACGUAUCAUGACUUUCAAUCGCUUUACUGCUUUCAUAGUUUCUUUACAACACAAGCUUUUCUAUGUCCUUUUGGGGUUCGGUCGGUUUAACCUAUAUGCGUUAGCCUACGGAUUUCUAUUUCGGAAAGCUUUCGAUCACAAGCGAGCCAAGGGCGGACGUUGGUCAUGGUGGCUUGAAAUUAUAGGCUUAUUAUUUUUCUGGACCUGGUUUGGAGCGGUGUUGAUAGGCUGCGGAAGCUGGUCUAAAGCGUUGACUUAUCUGCUGGUCAGUCACGUCGUGACGACUCCUUUGCACGUUCAGAUCGUCCUUUCCCAUUUCUCAAUGUCAACCGAGGACCUUGGACCUAUGGAGUCGUUCCCACACCGUCAGCUGAGGACAACUACGGACGUCAUCUGUCCCCCAGCACUCGCCUUCCUUCACGGUGGCUUACAUCUUCAAGUUACUCAUCAUCUCUUUCCGCGUCUACCACGACAUAAUCUUCUCCAAGCUAGCGUCUUUGUGAAAGAAUUCGCCAAGGAGCAAGGGCUUACUUACGCCGAGUUUGGGUUUGUGGGUGGAAAUAAGCAGGUACUCGAUGUCCUCAAAGGUGUCGCGGAUCAGGCCCGGAUCAUGAGUAUGGUAACAGAGAGCGAGAUUAGAGGUGCUAUGGAGAAAAAAGGACAGUAGUAUUACAUAAGUGGACUUUUUCAUAAAUUGAGCGCUGUUUAACACCCUUUUAUCUGUAUACUGAAACUUCGCUUGCAGUUCAAGGUU